AUGAAAACUAUUCAAUCAUAAUCAUCAUAAUUAUAGGAAAAAAAGUACAGCUUACCUCUGAACUAGGUAUACAUUGACAUUGAAACCGAUGAAGUCUAUUGGAUAAGCAUCAUCGUGAUUGGUUAAAAAAUGUCAGCUGAUUAAAUGUUAAGCGUAAGAAAUGGAGUAGUAUGGGUGCGUACAUAUAAGAUAAUAUUUUCUGUGUAAUAAACACGUCACAGUGACCACUUGUUGCAGUUCAUUCAAGAAUCAUAAUUAUUACAUUCUGUUAAAAAUUAGGAAUUUUGUUUAUAACAAUUGAUAUAAAAAACUAUCAACAUGAAUACGGAAGUAGCAGAUAUUGGUCUAAUUGGACUGGCUGUAAUGGGUCAAAAUUUAAUUUUAAACAUGAAUGAUCAUGGAUUCAAAGUUUGUGCCUACAAUCGUACAACAGAAAAAGUAAAAUCAUUUAUUGAAAAUGAAGCCAAGGGCACUCAAAUAAUUGGAGCCUUCAGUCUUGAAGAAAUGGUGCGAACGUUGAAAAAACCCAAACGAGUUAUGUUACUCGUAAAAGCUGGUUCUGCUGUUGAUGAAUUUAUAAAUAAACUCGUGCCUCAUUUAUCAUCGGGAGAUAUAAUCAUUGAUGGAGGCAAUUCCGAUUACCAUGAUACUACACGUAGAGUUGUAGAAUUAGAAAAAAAAGGCAUCCUAUUUGUUGGUAGUGGUGUGAGUGGUGGAGAAGAAGGUGCAAGGUAUGGACCAUCUUUGAUGCCUGGAGGAAAUCCUCGAGCUUGGCCGCAUAUAAAAAAUAUUUUCCAAGCAAUUAGUGCUAAAGCUGAUGGAGAACCUUGCUGUGAUUGGGUUGGAGAAACUGGUGCUGGUCAUUUUGUUAAAAUGGUUCAUAAUGGGAUUGAAUAUGGCGAUAUGCAAUUAAUUUGUGAAGCUUAUCAUAUAAUGAGAGAUGGUCUUGGUUUAAAUCCUGAGGAAAUGAGUAAUGUUUUCGAUGAAUGGAAUAAAGGAGAUUUGAAAUCAUUUCUUAUCGAGAUUACGAGAGAUAUUCUGAGGUAUAAAAAUGAUAAAGGAUAUUUACUUGAAAGAAUACGAGACACUGCAGGUCAAAAAGGUACAGGUAAAUGGACUGUUAAUGCAGCCCUUGAAUACGGUGUACCAGUGACUCUCAUUGCAAAUUCAGUAUUUGCUAGAUUUAUGUCUGCACUAAAAAAUCAUCGUGUUGAAGCAAGUAAAAUUCAUAAGAAAAAUAUUAAACCAUUUAGUGGAGAUAAAAAACAAGCGUUAGAACACUUGCGGAAAGCACUUUAUGCUGCUAAAAUAAUUUCUUAUGCUCAGGGAUUUAUGCUUCUCAAGCAAGCUGCUCAAGAACAUAAUUGGAAUCUUAAUUAUGGUGGAAUAGCACUCAUGUGGAGAGGUGGUUGCAUAAUUAGAAGUGCAUUCUUGGGAAAUAUUAAACAAGCUUUCGACAAAAAUCCAAAUUUAUCUGAUCUUCUACUUGAUGAUUUUUUCAUCAAAGUAAUGCAUGAUUGCCAGGACAGUUUAAUAGCUACUCUACAAAUGGCUCUUCAACAACGUAUCUCUACACCAACUUUUUCAUCAGCACGAGAUUACUAUGAUGGUAUUACUUGUAAUUUAUCACCUGCUAAUUUAUUGCAAGCAAUGAGAGAUUAUUUCGGAGCACAUACUUAUGAAUUGAUGGGCCAAGAAGGUAAAUUCGUACAUACCAACUGGACAGGACGUGGUGGUAAUGUUUCAGCUUCUACUUAUGAUGCAUAAAAAAAUGUAAUUAAAGUAUAUAAUAAUGUAUUUAAUUACUCAGAUAGAAACAAAAUACCUCUUAA